GUUGAAUAGUGUCGUAUCAGUUUCCGACGAUUUCGCGCUAUCACCUCGGCAACCUGGAAAUUCCAUUGUCCAUUAUUUCAUCAAUGCCAGUACCACUCGAUCAUUCCGGAUGUGAGCAUCACAGUGAGCCCCGCUAUUCUCCAGUAGCCUCUAAAAAUCAGUGCACACCAUCGCCGUGAUUCCGCUCGAGGUAUUGCAUUCUGGCGCAACCACGACAUCGACGACCAAGGGGGAUAUGGCAACAACAAGGAAAAUGGCCGCUGGUAAUGACAGGAGGUGCAAUGUUGUUGAGGAUCGUGCGCGUGGCAGUAAUUCAUUGAGGGGCAAUACAUGGAGCGAAGUGUCGGACAGUGCUGAUGAACAUGAGCAUAGUCCAUUCGCUGACAGGGCUGCUAAUGUUGCUAGGGACGGAAUAAUCGACCAGCCCCACUACGACGCGAUCGUCUACGCGGAGGACAAGAUGCGUCGACGGCUCCGUUUCUUCUUCAUGAAUCCCGUCGAGAAAUGGCAGGCAAGACGUCGCGUCCCGUACAAAUUCAUCGUCCAAGUGAUAAAGAUCAUUCUAGUCACCGUGCAGCUCUGUCUCUUCGCCCACAACAAUUACAUGCACGUCAACUACACGUGGGACAACAGAAUCGCAUUCUCCCACCUAUUUCUGAUGGGCUGGGAUGCCACCCAAGAGGUACCAGCAUAUCCCCCAACAACGGCACCACUGGCUCUCUACAAGCAAGAUGAUUUCUACGCUACAAUUGAUUAUGCAUUAAGAGGAUAUUAUAAUCUCAGCAAUGCCAUUGGAUCGUACUCAUACACUGAAGAGGAUAAUUCAAUAGGCCGGGUCGAUCUGUGUCUGCAUCAGUACAAAGAGGGCACAAUAUUUGGUUUCAACGAGAGUUAUGUGUUCAACAAUGAGAUUGAGAAAAUCUGCAUUCAGAUUAAUCACACGUUUCAGGGAGACGCGGGAGUUGAGACGAAAAAACUGCUGGUGGAGAAGGAAAUUGUCAUUAAUUUCUCAGCUCUUGUGAAAGCCGAGUUGCAAUUUGCGGUUAAAACGGUCAAUUUGAAGGCAGCGGGGCCUAUAACACCACCGGAUUGCUAUCAAUUCGACAUCAAGAUUCUACUCGAUAAUAGUGAUUUCGAUGGACAAAUGCUGCUAUCUCUCGACGCGGAACCAAACAGGCUGCAAUGCAAAGGUGAUACCAGAUACAUUACUGAUAAUAGGAUUGACUCUGCAUUGAGGACACUUCUUAAUCUCUUCGUUAUAUUCAUAUGCGCUAUUUCGUUGGGGCUGUGCUCACGAGCUAUCUACAGGGCGCAACUGCUCAAAUUCGAGACUAUUGGGUUCUUUAAGAAGACUUAUGGCAAGGUUUUGAGCUUGGAGGGACGACUGGAGUUUCUUAAUAUGUGGUACAUCAUGAUUAUUAUCAAUGAUCUGCUUAUCAUAUUGGGGUCGGGGAUCAAGGAGCAGAUUGAGAGGAAGUACUUUGGCAGCGAUCAUUGGAAUAUCUGCAGCAUUUUCCUGGGAACUGGGAAUCUUCUCGUGUGGUUUGGGGUCCUGAGGUACCUCGGCUUCUUCAAGACGUACAACGUCGUCAUCUUGACCCUGAAAAAAGCAGCUCCCAAGGUGGCGAGGUUCCUAGUCUGUGCGAUCUUGAUCUACGCUGGUUUCACAUUCUGCGGAUGGUUGACACUGGGCCCCUACCACCUAAAAUUCAGGAGUCUUGCCACCACCUCAGAGUGCCUCUUUGCUCUCAUCAAUGGUGAUGAACUGUUCGCAACAUUCUCCAUAACUUCAUUCAAAUCUCCACUCCUCUGGUGGUACUCGAGGAUCUAUCUCUACACUUUCAUAUCCCUUUAUAUCUACGUGGUACUGAGUCUCUUCAUCUCUAUCAUCAUGGACGCUUAUGACACUAUCAAGCUGUACUAUCGCGAUGGUUUUCCCAAGAAUGAUCUUCAGGCGUUUAUCGCUGUCUGCACUGAUGAGGCCUCCAGUGGUGUUUUUCGCCAGGAGUCCGGUGGCAACAAUUUCAGUGAACUCUUUGGAAAACUUUGUUGCUGUCGGAAAAGACCCUACGGGUCUCUUUCAGGGUCUGCAAAUUCAGGUGCAACAGUUAAAUCCGAUGAAAACUGCGGCGCAAUCUGUAUAUAGUAGGUUAAUCGAGCCUCCGGGAACUGCGAAAUAUUAUGGAUCAAUUUAGUAAUAAGGAGAACGGACGAGAAAAUUUCGCUAAAAAAUCUGGCGAAUUCGAUUGAACAUUCUGUUGGAUUUCUCUUGAAUUUUUUAUUAGUCGUUGGCUGAUUCUGAAAAAAAUA